AUGGCGGGACGAAUGGUGCUCUACAAGCUCGUAGUCCUCGGGGACGGUGGCGUUGGCAAGACAGCCUUAACAAUCCAGUUGUGUAUGCAGCACUUCAUUGAGACCUAUGAUCCGACAAUCGAAGACUCGUACCGGAAGCAGGUCGUAAUCGACGGACAAUCAUGUAUGCUCGAAGUACUGGACACGGCAGGGCAAGAGGAGUACACGGCGCUCCGAGACCAGUGGAUUCGCGACGGUGAGGGCUUCGUCCUGGUCUACAGCAUCUCGUCACGGUCGUCAUUUGGGCGCAUCAAGCGCUUCCAUCACCAAAUCCAGCGCGUCAAGGAAUCCGUCGCCUCGUCUCCGUCAUACCCUGGCUCACCCUUGGCUGUCGCCAGCCCUGGCUCAGGUGCGCCUCCACCGAUCAUGCUCGUGGGCAACAAAAGCGACAGGGUGACAGAGCGAGAGGUGUCCACGCAGGAGGGUCAUGCGCUGGCCCGUGAGCUUGGGUGCGAGUUUGUCGAGGCCUCUGCCAAAAACUGCAUAAAUGUGGAGAAGGCUUUCUACGACGUCGUCCGGAUCAUCCGUCGACUGCGACAGCAGUCGUCGCGUCCCUCUGGUGCCUCAGGUCGUGGCCCAAAAUCGGGCAGUGGCAGCGGCGGCGGCGCGCGUGGCGAACCCAAACGCGGAAAGAAGGACAAGCUCAAGUGUGUACUAUUAUGA